GCGGCGGGUGCGGCGAGCGCAGGGGCCGGGCGACCGACCGACCUCCCGCCUGUCCCCCCAGGCCCGACGGGGGGGCGGCUGCCGGCGGGGCCGCACGGUUCCCGUGGCAACGCGGGGCGCGGCGGCGGCGCAGCCGGCCGGGCGGCGGCCAUGGGCAGCUGGGCCGCGGCGCCAUGGCGGCUUGGUGGCUGCAGCGUGCGCGGCGGCCUCCGCGGCGCACCGCGGCGGCGGGCCAGCUCCCGCCCCGGCGGUGGGGACCGGGCGGCGACCCUGAGCGACCUGCUGCAGAGCUCGGUGGAGGGCGAGGAGCCGGGCGCGGCGGCGGCGAGGCGGGAGCGGCGGCCCCCCCGGGAGGGCACGGUGCUGCUCUUCCCCGGGCAGGGCAGCCAGUUCGUGGGGAUGGGCCGCGAGCUGCUGCGGUUCCCCGGCGUGCGGGACAUGUACCGCCAGGCCGAGCGGGUGCUGGGCUACGACCUGCUCUCCCUCUGCCUGGAGGGGCCGCGGGACGAGCUGGACCGCACCCGGCACUGCCAGCCCGCCGUGUUCGUCGCCUCCCUGGCCGCCGUGGAGAAGCUCAACCACCAGCAGCCUAAAGUGGUGCAGAGCUGCGUGGCGGCGGCGGGGUACAGCGUGGGCGAGUUCGCGGCGCUGGUCUUCGCUGGAGCGCUGGACUUUGCCGAAGCGCUGUACGCGGUGAAAGUGCGCGCCGAAGCCAUGCAAAAGGCGUCGGAGGCUGUCCCCAGUGGAAUGCUAUCGGUUAUCGGCCGGCGAGAGGCAAAUUACCGAUUUGCCUGCUUGGAAGCUCGUAAACACUGUGAAUCGCUGGGUAUAGAAAACCCCGUGUGUGCCAUUUCAAACUAUUUGUUUCCAGACAGCAGAGUCAUUGCAGGACACCUACAGGCUUUGGAGUUUUUGCAGGAGAAUGCUCGAAAAUACUAUUUUACACGUACAAAAAUGCUUCCAGUCAGUGGGGCUUUUCAUACCAGACUUAUGGAACCAGCAGUAGAGCCAUUGGCUGACGUCCUAAAAUCGAUUGAGAUUCAGAAACCAUUGGUCUGUGUCUAUUCCAAUGUUGAUGGCAAAAAGUACAUGCACUCAAAGCACAUUCAGAAGCUGUUAGUGAAGCAGGUGGUUUCACCUGUUAUGUGGGAACAGACCAUGCAUUCUGUAUACGAAAGAAAGCAAGGAACAGAAUUUCCUUACACGUAUGAAGUGGGGCCUGGGAAGCAACUAGGAGCCAUUCUCAAAAAAUGUAAUUUAAAGGCCUGGAAACAGUAUAACCAUGUAGAUGCUCUGGAAGAUGAGGAGGCAGCAGAAACCUAAGUAGCCUUUUGAGAAAAACCCACGCAACUUGUUUGAUCUGCCUAAUUUAAAAAUAACCUUGUGCUCCCAAAAGAGGAAGUUGUAAACAUUCAUGGCUUCUCAUGAUGAAAAGAGCACCGUGCGCAUAAUCGCAAUGAACUUUUUCCUUCCCCGUGUGCCUCAGGUGUGAAAGGGGAGAGCAAAGUCUGGCUCUGCCAUCUGUGUCGUGACUGCAAAACUGCCAAUAAACAUGCCAAAUAGCCGCCUGUUUGGCCUCAGUCCUGCAAGCAACUUCCCCUCUCAGGGCGGGUUUUGGUGUUGGUUUUUUUUCUUUUUUCAAAUUUUUUUGGGGGGCGUGGAUUCAAGUUGAAGUUGGUAGCUUCGGCUGGCUGGUGCAGGGAUCACCUGCAUGGAUACAGGGUUAGAACCGAGCUGUUGGCUCCUGGUUGUGGAGGGUGGUGCGCGGGGCGUGAGGGUGCGUUCAGAGGAGCCAGCCGGCUGGUAUGGCUUUCGGUACGUUGAUGUUCCUGUUUUCCAACUCUGUUGACUUGUGGGGACAUUCACCUGUGUAAAAUUAUUUUAUUUUGUGUCCAUAUUGCCAGGUAGCAGCCAGAUAAGGCAGAUGUUAUCAGGAACGUGAUUUUCUCAAGGUUAAACUAUAAAUAAACUUUUAAGCCUUUCUUGGUA